AUGCUGUUCCUUUCCUACCUCACCGCUUUGCUCUGCACGGCGGGAGCUGCCUUUGCUGCAAAACCCAAGGUCGACAAGUUCGAGCGCUUUCAAUCGCUAUCUCACGGGGGCGCCAUCGAUCUCAACGAUAAGACAUACAAUGAACUCACAGUUGCUCCUCGUGAUUACUUCACCGCCGUUCUUCUCACUGCGAUAGACAGUCGCUUUGGCUGUGUUCUCUGCCGGGAAUUCCAACCUGAGUGGGAUAUCAUCGCAAGAAGCUGGAACAAAGGCCAAGUGGAAGAUAUCAACAUGGUCUUUGGUACCCUGGAUUUCACUGACGGAAAAGAAACUUUCAAGAGUCUUAUGCUACAAACUGCCCCCGUGGUACUGGUGUUCCCGCCCUCUACAGGCCCAUACGCGUCGGCAGAUGGCCCCUUCUCAUUCGAAUUCACUGGUCCAAUUUCUGCCGAUCAACUCUAUAACUGGAUAAACCGUCAUCUCCCAGAAGGCCCGAAGCCUCGUAUCGUACGCCCGAUCAAUUACGUGCGAAUUGGUUCAGGGAUCACGCUGUUUCUUGGUAUCAUAACCGUCUUCACGGUCGCUUCGCCAUAUAUCCUACCUGUGCUUCAAAACCGAAAUAUCUGGGCCGGGAUCAGUCUCAUCGCCGUUCUUCUCUUUACCAGUGGCCACAUGUUCAACCACAUUCGCAAAGUGCCGUACAUUGCUGGAGACGGCCGAGGUGGAAUUAGCUACUUUGCUGGUGGUUUCUCAAACCAGUUUGGCAUGGAGACUCAGAUUAUAGCCGCAAUUUACGGUGUGCUGUCAUUUGCAACCAUUGCACUUGCACUGAAGGUUCCCCGUAUGUCCGACAACAAAUCUCAGCAAGUGGCCGUUGUUAUUUGGGGUGUGGUGCUCCUUGGAGUCUACAGCUUCCUCCUCAGUGUCUUCAGAGUCAAAAACGGAGGCUACCCAUUCUUCCUCCCCCCAUUCUGA